CAUAAAUCUGAAUUAAGUAGCAGCAGCUAGAGUGAGCCAAAGAAACAAGAGGAGAAGAGAGGAGGUAGAAGAAUACAUACAGUUUUUCAAACUCUAAACAUAAGCCUCUUCAAUUCCUCAUCUCUCUCUUAUAUAUCAGUAUUGAUGCAGCAGCACUGCAGCAGAAAAGAGAAGAGUAAUAAGAGGACUAGACUAGGAGCGGCACUGGCCGGGUCAAAAAGAGGACGAAGGGUGCGGGUGCCACAACCACUACGGCAGAGGAGGAGGACGACGACUACGAGAAGGAGGAAGACAAGCAGUAAGAGAGGAAUAAAGCUAGUAGUCAAACAUAAAUUGAUGAGUAUCUGGCAAAACAUGGUUUUUCCUGUCCGGCGUGUCUGGCUCACUCUCUCUUCUCGCCUCAAAUCCUCCAAAAACGGAGCAGGAUUGUUGAAGCUUCAGGAUGAUGUGCAGACUUGUGAAUACUCUGAUGUACAAGUGAUGUGGGAAAUACUACAAAGAACCGAAAGCGAAGUCAUAGACAAAUGCCAUAAGCGCAAGCAACUACCCUUCUGGAGGAUUUUUGUAUGGUCCAACCACCAUGAAGCUUCAUCACAAUCUGCAAUAAAACAAACUUGAAACCAACCAGACACAUACAAAUUUGAUGCUUGUUUGUUUACAAAUAAUUAAAACUGCUGCAUAUUCUGCAACAGGCAAGUCACAGUCCUGUUAUCUUCCCAUUGCUGGCAAUUGCAUUGCAGAGGCAUAGUCCUUGGUUUCUAAAACUAAGUGGAAGACACUGAUAAUACUGUAGUUGUAAAUAUGCUAAUUUAGUUUGUCAAAAGUCACACACACCCAAGAGCUUUCGGGGAGGCACUACUGCUUCUUUAACAGCAAAGCAAUUAUGUUUCAUGUCUCACUGACUAUCAAACUAAACAACUUGGUAAACUCAGAAAAUCACUAUAGUUAACUGGUUUUUGUUGGUAACAA